AUGGCAGGAAGAGAGGGCUGCGGGGUGCCAGGGGCACAAGGCACUAUGUGGGCCGGAGCAGAGAUGGCGGAUUUUCUGAAAGGUUUACCAGUGUACAAUGAGAGCAAUUUCAGCCGAUUUCAUGCAGACUCUGUGUGCAAAGCUUCAAACAGACGGCCCUCAGUUUACCUCCCCACAAGAGAAUACCCUUCAGACCAAAUCAUCGUAACAGAAAAAACAAAUAUACUCUUGCGUUACCUACACCAACAGUGGGACAAAAAGAAUGCUGCAAAGAAAAGAGACCAAGACCAGUUAGAAAUAGGCGAGACAUCUGCCCCUCCACGAAAGAUUGCCCGGACAGACAGUCAAGAAAUGAAUGAAGACACAUAG